AUGACUGUUGACUGCUUGGACUUCUUAUCUUCAGGGUUCUUCACGUACUUCGACAACUCAUCCACAAUGACUGCCAGCAGAUCCUCAAGAGUCUCUGCGGACGCCAGCUCAUUAUGCAAAAUCUCAAACUUAAGCGAGUUCCACAGAGUGAUCCAGUACUCCUCGACGGUCUGGGUUGGAUAUUCUUUUAUGCAUUGGUUGAUAGUUAAGAGAACGUCAAGCUUUACGGUAGGAGACGUUGCAGACAGUUUCUCCAACAGGUUUGGGAAGGCGUCCUUGGCAUACACCUCGUUGGCACUCAAGCAAUUUCUCAAAGCCUGUUUGAGUUGGUCGGGAGUGAUUUUGUACGGAUCAUUUUCCGGAGCUCUAAACGAGAUCGGGAAGUAA